GGCUGCUUCUUCCUCAGCUUUUACACCAACACACUGUUUGUGCGCAGGCGCGAGAGGACGGCCCAAUAAGAGGGGAAUCAAAUAAAAGGACAUGAGUGUCAGUGGCGCUGUGUCACAACCAGGAACUGCAGGAAACACACUCUGAAGUACUGUCAGUGAACCAUGGCGACACCCCGCAGAGCCAAGGGCCAGGAGGGACGCUUCAUCUCCGGAGUGGUGGAAGGUUUUUAUGGGCGACCGUGGACCAUGGAGCAAAGAACAGAGCUCUUUAAAAGGGAGCAGAGGUGGGGUCUGAACACGUACCUGUACGCCCCCAAGGACGACUACAAACACAGGAUGUACUGGAGAGACAUGUACUCUGCGGAGGAGGCCGAACAACUCGUGGCCUUAAUUUCAGCAGCAAAGCAGCACGGCGUUGAUUUCAUCUACGCAAUCUCUCCAGGUCUGGAUAUUACUUUUUCCAGCCCCAAAGAGGUCGCUGCCCUGAAGAGGAAAUUAGAUCAGGUGAAGGGGUUUGGCUGCAGGUCCUUCUCUUUGCUGUUUGACGACAUUGAAGCCGAGAUGUGUCCGGCAGAUAAGAAGGCGUUCAGCUCCUUCGCCCACGCUCAGGUGGCCGUCACUAAUGAGGUGUACCAGCACCUGGGGGAACCCGACACCUUCCUCUUCUGUCCGACAGACUACUGUGCAAGAUUCUGCACCCCUAACGUGUCCCAGUCGUCUUACCUGCACACUGUGGGAGAGAAGCUGCUGCCUGGUGUGGACAUACUGUGGACUGGUCCUAAAGUGGUGUCUCACAAAAUCUCAGUUGAGUCCAUUGAAGAGGUGUCUUCUGUCCUGAAGAGGGCGCCAGUCAUCUGGGACAACAUCCACGCAAACGAUUACGAUCCCCAAAGAAUUUUCCUUGGGCCCUUUAAGUACCGACCCACGGAGCUGAUUCCCAAACUGAGAGGAGUGCUCACCAAUCCUAACUGCGAGUUCUACCCGAACUUUGUGGCUAUCCACACUUUGGCGACAUGGUGCAAAGCAACUGCUGAUGAAGGACCCAGGGAUGUGGAAAUGGACGAUGAGGAGCAGGACCCCGGCUACAUUCCCCACAAAGCCCUGACCCUGGCCCUCACGGACUGGCUGCAGGAGUUCCUCAGCACGGAUCAACCUGGAGGCCCGCGUUGUCCUCCAGCUCAUCUGAAGAAGGACUCAAUGGAUGAGGAGCCCAUGCAGACAGACAAGGGAGACAGCUCUUAUGUUCCUGGACCUGGAGAGAACCCGCUGUACACAGCAGAACCUCUGACCCUGGACGACCUGAAGCUGCUGUCAGACCUCUUCUACCUGCCGUACGAGCACGGGAGCACAGCCAGGACCAUGCUCCAGCAGCUGGACUGGCUCACGAGCAACAGCCGCGCUGCUACUGCAGAGACAGACCAGGUAAUGCUGUGUGUAUCUGCAGUAUUCUUUCAAAUGCAAAUGAUGGAUUGCACAUUCUUUUUCACACAACCCCCCGGUGUUUUCCAGACAGCGGAGUGGUGCUCACGAGCACAGCAGUUUGACGACAUGUGUGAAGCGGUGGUGCAGAUGUUCAACCGCCUGUCAAACGCCCCCAACCGCAGCAUUCUGUACGACCUCUACAACUACAUCUGUGACAUUAAGAGUGGAGUCGGCCUGGCCCGAACCUAUGUGAAAACACUGGGAGUACGGGGGCGACCCUCCGCCCAGCUUCUGAAUGGAGACCCUGAACCCUGGGACUUCAGAGGAGGACUCUCCGGAGAGUUCCAGAGAAUGCUGCCCGGACACGGUAACAGGGACCUGUUCAGACACCCUCCCAUGACGGCAGUAUACUGCAUACGACCAUACUGCCCUGAGGACAAGGUGGAGGUGCAGAGGAUUUUCAUAGAGAUGCAGAAAGCAGGAGAGGGCAAAGUUCCCCCGAUGACACAGCCACCACUUAUCUGUGAUAGUUUGUCAACAGGUGACAUCUCCCCUUCCCCUCAGUGUGCUCUCGUCCUGGAGGAUGAGAUCGGCAUGUGCGGUUAUGCACUGGCACUCACUGAUGCCAAAUCGGCUGCAGCCAAGAUUCAGAGGGCAACAAGUGACUCAGUGUUUGAGGAAUUCCCAUCCCUGAUCACUGUGCAAAUGCUGCCUCGGGUCACUGACCCCUCUCCAGCCAAGCGUAUGAUUGGUCAGCUAUUGUCCUCCAUCAGGAGCACUGGUUCCAGAGGAGCGUUCUGUGAGUCGAGGCACAGCGAUCGGAGGAUGCUCGACUUCUACACUCAACUGGGCUCCUUCAAACCCAUUAAAGUGGCCGGUCUUCCUCAAGACAUCCUCGCCAUGGCAACAAGCCUGUGAACAAAGCCGUUCACCGCUAUUUUACUCAGGUUUGAACUGUUGAGAUCAAACUGUUCUGUGAAUAAUCACCGAGUUAAAUUUGUCUUACAAACUCUUGUAUGAUUAAACGUGGAAUGCAAAAUGAAUGAUUUUUGUAGCCAUGGAAAUUGUAAAAAGUAUAGUGAUUGUGUUUUAGAGAAAAAUGUUGUAACUGAAAAUAAUAAACAUUUUAAUAUCA